AUGCCAUCAAUCAUGAGUAAUCUCCCUGAUGUGAAGUCAAGUAUGAUUACAGAAGUACCUGUAGGAAGUACUGCAAUUUUGAACUGCAAUAGCAAUGACUAUGAACAUAAUUUUAUGUUCUGGCUGUUUGACAAAAGUACAGUAAUUGGUCCAGGGAAUAAUCACGAUGAAAAGAAGUUCAAAUAUGAAGUUUUAUCAGGACGGCUUCACAUUGAUAAGGUAUCACCAGCCGAGUCCGGUUAUUACAAAUGUGUUUCCAAGACCCUUGAUGGAUCUGGAAUAUCUGUUGGUGAAGUUGAAAUGAUAGUCAAAGGGUCAACAUUCUCAUCCAUGGAUGCUGUGAAAUUGGUUGCCAUUAUUAUAUCCAUCCUUGUGAUUAUAGCCUGUGCUGUAAUUUAUUAUAGGUUGAAGAAACAGUGGAAACAGUAUGAUGGCAGAAAAGUUGUACCAGCGGAUGAUGAUGAAGAUGAAGACGGCGAUGAAAUUUACAAUCGUACAACCACAACAAUGCCUGAACCCGUUGCUGGUCCCAGUAGUAAUCCAUCAUCAGAACAACUUUUGUAUGGCAUUGAUAAUCAAGGUUUAGAUACUGAUUUUAAUUCAGUGUUUGAAAAUAUCCAGAUAAAAUCACCACAAGCCAGCCUAAUAUAGUUUUAUGCAUUGUUUCUCUUUAGGCCUACGACUCAGAUAGUCUAAAUAUUGCAUCUGUUUUACUGAUCAUGAGAUAUCACAUAUAUUAGCAUAAUAUUGUCCUGUCAGAAGUAUAGAUUUCAUACAACUUUAGGCAAAGGUUAACUGUUUUAAAAUUGUAAUUAAUAAUUAGUAACUAAUUAAUUUUAUUAGGAGUAAGGAAUAGAUGUGAUAUAAUUUUGUAUUAUCAUAAUUAAAAUUAUAAAUAAAAACAUUUAAGUAU